AUGUCAACCUCACACCAACACCCCCCAAAGCCGUCUCUGCCCAAAUUCGAACCCCUCCCACCCACCAACAUCCUCAACCGCGUCAUCAACGGCCUCCUUGCACCGCUUUUCUACCUCUUCUUCACGCUCAUCACAAGCAUCGUGGUCGUGCCCGUCUACGUCAUCAUUGACAACUUCAAGCAUGGCGGCGGUAAGCACGGCGGCGGCAAGAGCUUCGCAAAGCAUGAGUCUGAGCAGUGUCAGUAUCAGUAUCAGUAUCCAGGUCAGCCGCCCCAACGGACCAACAAGGCUUCUACCUUUUUGAGAGAGUACGGCCGGAGUCAUUCAGCCGCCACGUCAAAGGACGAUUGA